AAGAGUUCGGAUGAGCUCUUGUGGGUUGCGAGACAGCGAAGGGAUGCGUUUAACAAGUGGACGAGCUUCCUGUUGAGAUGACAGAGAUCGUGGCGGUGGAGGACAGCAGGGAGAAGGAGUUCAGCGUGUAAGAGAGGGUGAGGAUAAAGGACUGACUGAAAGGGGAGAGUCUGCCAGCUUUCACUGACUUCUCAGAGCCUCUCACUCUCUCUCUGGCAGCAUGGCCGGGAGGAUGGCAGGCGGGAGACCGAGACGGCGUCUCUAGGCGGGGAACCGGGAAGGCUUUCCCCUCUCGCCGGACAGGGUGAGGGUGAGGGCCGCGGUGGCCUGUGAAGCGACGGGCGCCGAGGUGGGGGUCGCUCCGCGUCCCCUAAGCACCCCGGCCCGGCCCGGCCCGGCCCCACCGGCCACCGCCUCGGUACCCGGCCCCCAGCUUGACAUGUGUACUGAGGAAGCUGUUUAGACUGACAGGAACCAGAACUGCUGAGAUACUGACAACAAUCAAAAUCUUGGUUUAGUUGAUCUGAACAACUGCCAAACUUCUAAUCAGUUCUCAGAAGUCGAGUUGAAAUGGCUUCACUUGACUGGUUGGUUGCAGUAACUAGUUUCAUGAUAUUUCAAAUUCUGUUCCAUUAUUUAAGUGCGAAAAUAUCAGUUUGUUUCUGCAAUGGUUACCAAAGACUGACUGACACUAAAAGGAUUGAAUGGAACUCCAGGGUAGCGUCCACAUUUCAUGCCUUGCUGGUUGGAUCUUUGUGUCUGUACCUGCUAUGGUGUGAUGAUGCCACUAAUGCAGAUCCUAUCUGGGGAGACCCUACACUAGUAAAAUUAAAUAUUGGUAUUGCCACAGGCUACCUAAUUUCUGAUCUCCUCCUUAUUUUGUGGUAUUGGAAAGCAAUUGGAGACGUUUACUUUAUAAUCCACCAUUUGACAGGGCUGUAUGCCUGCUAUUAUGUACUGGAUGAAGGAAUGCUGCCUUAUUUUGCGAACUUUCGUCUGAUUGCAGAGUUGUCAACUCCUUUUGUUAACCAGCGGUGGUUUUUUGAAGCAUUAUGUUACCCCAAAACCUCCAAAUCAAAUAUUAUUAAUGGGCUUCUGAUGGCAGUGAUAUUCUUCCUGGUGAGAAUUGCUGUCAUGCCCCCCUACUAUAAAAAAAUGAUUUCCGCAUUCGGAACAGAGGCCUUUGACAAACUUGGACUAAAAGCACAACUUACUUGGAUCAUUGCUAGUAUUUGCUUAGAUGGUAUGAAUGUAAUGUGGAUGUAUAAAAUUGGAAAAGGGUGCCACAAAGUUUUGCUUGCCUGCAAGAAGGAUAAAGCAGAGAUCCAAGAAAAUGGAAAACAGCGAUAGAGACUCCCUUUUACUGUGUCAUCUUCAUUUUUUUUUGCUAUAAGGUACUUGCAGUUGGGGUUCUGUACACAUAGCCAAAAAUGUACUGUUUCAAAGUACUGUACAUAUAUACAGGUGUCCAUUGCAUCUUAGAACUUAAACUCACUAAUGACCAUCCAGAGGUUACAGAAGCAAACUGCAUAUUUACUGAAUGAUUGAUCAUUUUUCUUUUGAACCAAAGAGUAAAUGGAGGCAUUUGAGCUACGUCCAAGUUACAACCUACUCUGCAAGAUCUGUGUAAAGGCUUGCUUUUAGGUUUGCACUGUUUAUUCUGGAAAACUUUGAUGCUCAGAAUGUUGUCAACCAAUUGUAUGCCCUUAUAGGAAUCUUUUCUUGCCAAGUUACAAUUUUUUUUUGAAACUUGCAAAUGACAGCCAACCUCCUCCAACAACACUCUUCCUCUUUGGAAACUUGCUAAAGAAUGAUUUGCAUUUACAUUGUGCCUUCAGUCUAGAGACGAAAGUCAUAAGAUGGUAUCCUCAACCUUGGAGAAUGUACUCCCUGCAGGUUAGGAGGAUCAAAUUUGUCUAUAUACAUGCAGGAAUGAAACUGCUUAGUAUUUUUAAAUCUGCAUUUCACUGUACAAUUUCAGGAAAUUUUAUCAUGAGAAGUCAAAGUUGAUCUGGUGAUCUGAAAAUUGUGCACAAGAUUGUUGGUUAUCUUAGGAAUAAUUAAUAACUGUGUGCAUUAUAAUAUAUACUAUAACACACACACACAGAAAUAUUUACAUGUUGAACCUCAAAGCUGUUAGUUCUACAUAUUCACAAAAGUUAUAACCACCAAUACGUAAUUUAAAAAAAUUAAUUUUGCCAAGUAUUUACUGGUAAUGCAGUACCAUUUGUUUCUUGUUUAGAGUAGUAUUUAGGUUGAAUAUACAUUUAGGCAAGAAUUGUAUUGUAGAUUUUAACAAAUUAAAUUUGGUUUCUUUUAGGAACAACAAAUAGGUAUUAAAACCUUUGUUUAUGGGUGCGAUAGUUGAGACUAUAUUAAGUGUACCUUGAAUUUAGCAAUAACAUCUAAUCCAGAGUCUGCUAGGACCUGUUAUUAAGCCUUUCAAUCUCACAUUUUAAUACUGACAAAGUCUCUUAAAUCAUGACCUCAACGCUCUACACACAUUGGUAUUUCUAUGUUUACAAUACAGGAUUGAUACAAAGAUUUGCUCCACUUCAAUUCUUCUCCAUUGUGGAGGCUGAUUUGAAUCUGUAUGUUUAUGAAUUCUACACAUGGUAGAGUCAUAGUUGCAUUAUUAGUUAACAUGAACAUGGAAAGUUGGUGGAACUGUUCAUACAAUAGGUGAACAGCUGAUGCCAAAAAUCCUAAUUUGUAAACAGUUAUGCCAAGCAACACCCUUUUCUACUUUGUUACAUGAACUAUUAAUUUUAUAAUUUAUUGAAAUUCAGGUGGGAAUAACCACUUUUGGCUCUUUGAGUCACACCAUCCUGCAAUCCCCAAAUUUUAAUCUGAGCCUUCUCAAGGGACAAUUUACCUGCCAAUCAGUACAUCUUUGGACUGUGGGAGGAAACCAGAGCAGCUGGAGGAAACCCAUACAGUCACGGGGAGAACGUACAAGCUCCUUACAGGCAGUGGCAGGAAUUGAGUCCAGGUUGCCUGCACCAUAAAACAUUUUUACGGAGAUUCUGUGAAGGAAGUAAGAUAAAUGACAGUGAACUGAAUUUCAAACUUCACUUUGAUUGCACAGUAACAGGUAGUGAAGCUGCUGCUCAACUCUAGUGACACAGGUGAAAUCCUGGUCUCUGAUGCUGUCCAUAUGUAGGUUUUCUCCAUCUGCUCCAUUUUCCUCCUUAUCCUCCAAAAAUAUGUGGGUUGGUUGGUUAGUUGAGCACUAGAAAUGGUCCCUUGAGUGGCAGAAUCUAUUGGGAGUUGGUGGGGAGAGCUAAAUGAAUGCUGGUAAGGGAGCUGGAUGGUGUGUUCUCAGUGGGACAAGGGGCCUAUUUCUGUCCUGUAUCUCUCUUUGCCACAUUAUUUUCAGGUUCACUCGGAUAAAAAGAAUGAGUACACUGAACCUCAAUGGGCAGCUAAGAAUGCGUUUAUCCUAAGUGAAAUCAGAUAGGUAAUAGCCAGUAUUUUUUAUUUUUAUAUUUUAAUAUAUUUAUAUUUCCCUACUCUGUAAGGUCAUGUGAUGCACCUGAAUGCUAACUAGAAUCAGAAUGGUGCAGUGUAGUUGCUCAUCACAUAGUUCUCCAAGUUAUCCUGAAACACACUUGUUAGAUCCAUUAUCAAUCUACUCAGAUCCACCAAGUUUUCUUUAGCACUUUCAUAGAAUGUUAAGCAUACAGCAGAGACAUGCAUCUUUAAACUUUUAAAAAGAUUUAGUUUAUCAAACCUUAAUUUAUUUUGUAUGUUUUCCCUACACAUCAAGUUAUUGCCUGUGUCAUUGUAUAUCUGAUUUUUAAGAUCAUUUUUCACUAUAUCAUAUAUGCUAGUUGGAAGGGUGACCUACCUUAUUUAUUAUUACUAGAGUAUGAUUUUACAUUCCUUUCAUUAAUAGUAAUACUACCUUUUCUCUUAUGGUAAGUCAAGGAACACAAGUCUCAGUUUAUAUGAAAGAGCUAUAAGCUUGUAUGGGAAUUUGAUUGUAUAUUGCAAAGUUAAAGAACGCCUCACCAGUCUGAGGGUACAGUUUAUCUGUUGCAUUUUAAAGCUGUUGAUCCACAUCCAUAUUGCCCAGCCAGCCAUUGUUGAAGUUAUGUGAUUCAGCACAUUUUUGAGAAAGCGUGGCCUAACUAAUUUGUUGUAAAUUUGAUCAUUUAGAAUUUUAAUCCGGUAGUUCAAUACUUAGUUUUGUAGGCUCUUUGAGUUCCAGCGAUCCAAAUCAAAAUAUGAAGAAACUAAUAUAGCUUGCUUAUAUACCAAAUUUUUGGGGAAUUCUUGUACACCGAAAUAAAUAGCUUGCAGUUGUUUAUUUCAACAACUGUUUUGAGGUAUAGAUAUAUGCAUAUUUUUAUGAUGUAAAAAGUUGAGAAUCACAAAAAAUUGAGGUUUUAAAAUUGUUUUGAUUUUCCACCACACUUUACGUUAUUUCAGUUGUUUUAUAUUAGUCUUGGUGAUGGUGAUUUAAGGAUAGAAUUCAGUCUUUUAUAUAUAACAUUGCAAAAUGUUUACUUUUUCAUUUGAAGACUCAUCGAAAUUUUGAGCAGAUCAAAAGUCACCUUGAUCACAAAAAAAAACUAGUCAUUUGGACAAGCUAGUUCCCAGUUUGACUUCUGUUCUGUGAAUUUAUUAAUCUCUGAUGAAUGUGACACUUAAGCAACCAAAGAUUGCAUCAGGAGAAAACUGACAGGGGUUCCUAGUUCUUAUUGUUGCCUUUUCAUUAAAAGUAUGACAAUUUGAAUGUCUGGUAUAUUAUUGAGAUGUUCUCACUGAUUCAAUAGCUGGUUGAAACUUUGCUGUCCAACAUCCACAUGUGAAUAUGAUACCAGUAUUACAAGUUGGGGUACUAUUAUAUCUGUGCAGUUACCCAAGCAAGAGGCAGCAGCUGAUUAAGAUAGUUCUUUUAUAUUAAAUAAAUAUAUAUAUUUAUAGCAUAAUUAUUCCAAAAUUCACAGAACUAUUUAUUCUAAUCAAGAAAUCUUGAAAGGAUUAUUAUAGUUAUAUUUCCUCUUUGCAUGCUUUAUCUAUACAUUUUCUUAAUGAAACAGAGUGAUAUUCUUGUAAAUUAUUUUGAGGUAUGAUUUGUUCAAAUGUUGAUUAGUCCUGAAUAUUACUUACACUUCUAAUACAAGCUAAUAUAGUGAGGCAAUACCAAUAAACUAAUGUUUUAUUAAUUAUAUGUUCAGUAUAGUGAAAUUGCUGAAUAUUAGCACAAUGUGAUUUGUUUUCUAUUUAAAAUCUAUGCAAAAUGUUGGCAAGUUUUUAUAGGAAGGUUUUGAUGAGUAUGGAUUAACUGAUUCCAGUGGUGAUUAAAGCCUUAAAAAUGAAGGCAAUUUGUCAUGAUCUGCCUAACAAGGUGGUGAGUACAGAUUCUGUAAUAAUUUUCAGAAUAAUUGAAUAGUUCCUCCAAGGAGAAAUAUCUGAUGGAAAGAAGAAAGGAAAAGUGUUGAUUUGAAUUCCAUGAACCACUAUGACAAGCUGGGAUAAUUGGGUACAUGCCUUUAUUUUGUGACAUGUCUUUCUAAAUGAUUAAAGAUUUCAUAUUAUGAAUUGCAAAUUAGCAUAACUUAACUUAAGAAUCAGUAAAUUCAUUCAUAUAUCAUAUGUAAAUAAUCAUUUACAUAUAUUUUUGUACUUAUUGUGCUGUUGAAAACUUAACCUUCUGAAAAUGAUACCUCAGACGAUACUGAAAGCAUUUUAUGUAGUACAGUAGUUUAUUGUUUUUAACAAUUUUAAAUUUCAGAUUAAUGUUUCUCAUAUGAUCCAGCUUUUGUUUAAAAUAUGAAUGAUUCGCUGAAAGAUCCUAUUAUAAAAUAAAAAUAAAGUAUAUGCUCUGGU